AUGAGCCGCUACAGGAAGAGCGCACAGGCAUACGAGCAAUUGUCAGGCAACAACGACAGCUUUGACAACGAGCAACGCAGCCGGCGCCCCUCAUGGCUGCACCGCAAGACGAGCCCUGGAGUAGAAUGGCAUGAUAAAUGGACAAAAGAUCGCUGGAAGCAUGGCAGGGUCUUGCUUGUCGACUAUGUCAGUCGAGAACACACCCCCGACGGGCGGCGCAAGAUUGUCGCGCAAGAAUUCCAUGAUGUCGAAGGCCUCCGCAAAUUCUACUCGAACAAGGACUUUGCCACGCAGUCGGCAAUGCGCGUAAUCCACGUACAGAAUGCAUCCUGGGCGACGGCAUUCCUGUUAAAGAAAUUCAACAUCACAUCACAAGAUGAUUUGAUUGGGACGGCUUUCGCGCGCUGGAUCCGGUUUGAGAGGCCGCAGCAGCGCGCUGGCAAGCCCGUCUUGAACGGCAAGACGUUCCCGCAACGGCGCGAUCCCUGGCGCAAGGUGGUGCGCGCGGGCUUCGGCCUGGAUUAUCUACGACACUACGAUGCGCGCAUGUAUGGCAGGGGCCAGGACGAGACCAAUGUCAAGAUGAUGGAGCUGAACAAGUAUGAUAUGUCCGACAAUCCGGUGUACGGCUACGACGUCUUCGUGCAGCGGAUGUCGGUGUACGUGCAGAAGAAGGACCCCCUGGCCUUUUCUCCUGAAGACGCCGAGGUUGACAAUCCCUACAAGGAGGCCGCGGAGGCAGAGAAAUUGGGACACCAGAAUGGCCAGCAGCCAAAUGGUUACAAUGACAAUGACGAACAUCACAGCGGGAAGGAUCAUUAUGUUCCGAACCUCCCAACUCUGGACAAUGGCAACACGAUAAUCAUCUUCGAGCAUUCGCAUUCUGGCGGAGUGACUGAUACACUUAUUGGAGCACGCGAGGAGAUUGAGUCGAGAUGGCGGCGCCUAAUGUUUUAUCUUAAGAGGGAAGAUAUUCUGACAGACGAGCGGUUGUCGCUGGAGUGCAUGGAUCUAAUAUUGAAGGAUAUUUUCAAGGCCCUUGUCUUCUCGUGGGAGAAGUACCUCCGCGCGUGCGAGACGCAUGUCAGCAUACUGGAAGACAAAAUCUAUGACAACCCGGCCGACGAAUCCCGCGCUCCUGAGCUAUGGACGAACUCUUCAUUAUGGCUGAAGGUCGAAAAGCUCUUAUACGUGCAUCUGGACAUUGCCAAGGAGCUUCGACUCUUGAUCAAAGAAAUCAUGGAAGACGACGAGCGGGAAGAGUGGCUUGUCGGCGCGCCUGAGGAGUUUGAAAAACUGGCAAACGCCAUACAGGAGGAUCUGGUCAAGCCUACCAGUAAUCUGAGCGACAUGAUGUACAAAUCUGUCGAAAUCCGCGAUUCUCGACAAUCCCUCCAGCUUGGUACAAGCAUGUGGCGACUAUCGUGGAUAACCUUCAUCUUCCUGCCACUCACCUUCAUCGUUGGCUUCUUUGGCAUGAACGUCGACACCUUCGCGGGUGAAGGUGAAAAUUUACCCAGCAUAAAGUGGUACUUCAUCAGCGCAGUCCCGCUCAUGGUCUUCGUCUUCCUCUUCUGGUACUUCUUCAAGCAUGGAAUUUCCGCCCGUUUACCCGGCCGCGGCUACGACAAUAACGCUCCGAUGCAGCGCGGCGUGUACGAACACCUCUUCCACGAAUGGAACGAAGAGUACUCAAGCUUAUGGUCACGAACCGGGCCGCGCGCAACGGCCGCCGACAAGGGCAUCCGGCCCGGCCUCAUCAACAGGCUAAAAUGGAAGCUGAUCGCGCACUGGUUCAAGCCGGAAAAGACGAUCCGCGUGCGCGGCUACGACCCCCACGAAGACCUCAGCUUCUGGGGCCAAGUCAAGCGCAACCUCGCGCGGCGCUGGCUCUCGGAAAUCGCGCUGUCGAAAGAUGAACGCGCUGCUCGCGUCAGCGGCAGCAUCAGCGGCAGCGGCAGGGCUGGCGGUAGCGCCGGCACCGACGGCACUCACCACCACCACCACCGCUCCUCGCCUGGCGCGUACGACGCUCGUCCAGACGACGUAGACCUGGAAGCUGGGCUUGGGCUCGGGCCCGGGCGGGAGUCCAGACACAGCGAGGCGUCGGUGCGCGAGAGCGCCAUCGCCGAACUCCUGUCGCAGGCGACGCCGGUCGCGCUCGCGGACGCGGACCCCGCCGCGGCGCGGCGGUUCGUGCAGAUGCGGCGGGAGCACUCGGGGGGGAGCGGGCGCAGCAGUAGCCCUGGGCGGGGGAGCCCGAGCCUGGGCAGCGAGGUCAUGGUCGAGGAGAAGGAUGAGGAUGCCGCUGCUGCUGCUGGGAAUGGUGCUAGUGGUGGUGGUGGUGGUGGUGCUGAUUCUGGUGCUGAGGGCGCACGACUGGUGCGCAGGGAGAGUGUGAGGGAGCAGGCGCAGGCGAGGGAGGUCGUGAGGGCUGCAAGGGAGGCGUUGGGUUUGGGCGUCGGGUUGGGACUCGAGACUGGACGGCUGAGCGUCCCGGGUGGGGAGAGGUCGCUGCCGGGGGGAGGGCGGAGUGCGGAGUGA